CAAAUCUUUUACAUUUUUUGAAUGAAACAAAUGACGAACGUGCACUCGCAUGUUACACAUUGUGACAAAUGUACUCACAUCAUUGGGAAUGGUGAGUUCAUGAGUACUGGCCUGGUUACUGGCAUCCAGACCUGCUGCUGAGCACAAGGAGAGGACAUAAAAUGGUGUUUGGCACAUUGAGGGAGUGAACAGCAGUCAUUUCAAUCCCUGGCUAUUGACCAGGAGCAUCUCUGCAUCACUGGAAGGUCUGCCUCCGCCCUGAGCAGAGCCUACACACACUGUAAAACUCCUAUCUGACAAUGACAUUCUACUCUCUAAAUGAAAAACAAUAUGAAGCAUCGUUGAAGAAGGAUUGUAAGGGAACACCGAAGAACAAAAGAAACCUCAACAUCAACAAGAGCAGACCACCAGCAGGCCAUGUCAAUGGCAGUGCACCACAGAGACCAUUAGGAGGAGAACGACGAGAAGAAGAAGAAGAGUAAGGACAGAGACAGGAAAAAGAAGAGCGAGAGAAAAGGAGUUGUAGAUCUUCAACAUGACCAGGAUGUAAUGUUUGCUGAAGUUGACCAGAUGUGUUCGCUCAGCUCUGCUACCAACAUUAGCACUUAGCUCGAGAGGUGGAGCAUCAGGACGGUCCUUCACAGUGUCCAUGGCUGGUGCCAUCAUGAAGGCCCAAUGGAGAACUGGCUGUGCAGAUAGUUCAAAUUAAUGGUGCAAGAAGAAGAGAGACAACUACAAGCAUGACCACACAUAUCUGUUUGACACACUGGAUGAUGGCUUCGGGGGCUCCAGAGAUCGUCACCGCUCUCUCGGUGGAGUUGGGGAGCAUGUCGCCUGCAACCUGGACCUGAGCUCCUGUGGACUGCAGCUGUGCCAGCAGCCCCGGUGAAUGUGUCGGUGACCCAGCUGAGGGCGCACUCGGCCAUGGUGACCUGGAACGUCCCUCAGGGGGACACCGUCAUUGGAUACUCCAUCUCACAGCAGAGGCAGGACGGCCUGAUGCAGCGCUCCAUCCGGGAGGUGAACACGUCCAGCCGCUGGUGUGUGCUGUGGGACCUGGACGAGGACACACACUACAGCGUCCAGGUGCAGUCUGUCGGGCCGGAUGCAGACAGUCAGCCCAGCCGUGCCGUCCACUUCAGGACUCUGGAGAGGAGUGACCAUUAUCCAGCCGGAGUCCUGGACCAGCAUGAGCCGGCGAUGGAAGGUCUGGGCAUGACUCCUCACUUACAGACGGGAGAGCUGCUCAUUAUCACCACCGUGCUGCUGCUGUGGGCAGCCGUCAUCGCCCUCUUCUGCCGUCAGUACGACAUCAUCAAAGACAACGACUCCAGCUGCAGCAAAGACAAAGCCAAGAGGCCGCUGGUCCGAGCCCCCCCGCCCUACUACAACACUUCAGCCGGCAGCUCGCCCAUCUACCACAACGGAGCCGUGCGCAGCAGCCGGCUCCACAGAGCCUCCUCCUCCAUCAGCAUCAUUAGAGUCUGAGGUUGGAUGUUUUGGGACUCGGCAGCGACUUCCUGGAGUCAGCGAUGAGCAACACUUGCCUGAGGAACCUCACGGGGAUUAUCACGACAAGUGGAGACUUUAUAGACCCGAGAUUGUAUUUAUUGUAAAAUAUUGGGAACGUGAGAAGCACUUAUGGAGGACUGCUGCCCUCUAGUGGCAGAAGAUGCUGACUUUAAAACAAACCCGUGCACACUGCAGCUCUUUUAAAGCUUUUCCAGGAGGAUCCGACCUGCAGCCAAACUCAUUUCCUGCUGUACAAAAAUGAUUUCAAAGACUAAUUGUGAAUAUUUGCCAGCAUGUCGGCCUCAAAUUAG